CUCGCCGAUCGCUGUGAGGGUGGGCGUGGGCGGGGGGCGGUCGCGGCGCCGCCGAGGCCGCCGCCCGCCGGCACCUGCCUCCCCCCGCGGCGGGACUUGGUUCCCGGGGUCGAGAGGCUCUCCCCGAGCCGCUGGGGACCGCGGGGACAGCUCCGCUGCGCCUUUGUGCGGGGCUAGCCCGCUCCGCGCCGCUGCCGCUGCGCCGGGUUCUGUCCGCCACACGCCCGGGCGAGUCCGGCCGCUCCUCCGGCAGCGCCGCGGGGCUUCCCCUGUCUCCCAGCCGGCCCCCUGCCUCCCGCUCCGGACAGCAUGGUGGACCUGGACAGCGAGGUGCCGCCGCUGCCACCGCGGUACCGCUUUCGGGACUUGCUGCUGGGCGACCAGGGUUGGCAGAGCGACGACAGGGUGCAAGUUGAAUUCUAUAUGAAUGAAAAUACAUUUAAAGAGAGACUAAAGCUCUUCUUCAUCAAAAACCAAAGAUCAAGUCUGAGAAUACGAUUAUUCAAUUUCUCUCUCAAGCUACUAAGCUGUUUCCUAUACAUAGUUCGUGUGCUCCUGGAUGAUCCUACACAAGGACUUGGAUGUAUGGCAACUAUCAGUAAGGAGUUAAAUCGGAGUUGUUCCAAUCAAAACUACACACCUGGAACAAUUGAUUGGUCUCCCAUUAUUUGGGUGAAUCGAAGCUUACCAUUAUGGGGAUUACAGGUGUCUGUGGCAGUAAUAAGUCUCUUUGAAACUCUGUUGCUAAGUUAUCUAAGCUACAAGGGAAAUAUCUGGGAGCAAAUUCUGAGGAUACCCUUUCUUCUGGAAAUAAUUAAUGCUGUCCCUUUCAUCAUCACGAUUUUCUGGCCAGUCCUAAGAAACCUGUUUAUUCCUGUAUUUUUAAAUUGCUGGCUGGCAAAGCAUGCUUUAGAAAAUAUGAUUAAUGAUCUUCACCGAGCCAUCCAACGCACACAGUCCGCAAUGUUUAACCAAGUUCUUAUUUUAAUAUCUACCUUAUUAUGUCUCAUCUUCACUUGUAUUUGUGGAAUUCAGCAUCUGGAACGAGCAGGAAACAGGUUGACUCUCUUUGACUCCCUUUAUUUCUGCAUAGUGACAUUUUCCACUGUGGGCUUUGGGGAUGUUACACCCAAGAUAUGGCCUUCAAAGCUGCUUGUUGUCAUUAUGAUCUGUGUUGCUCUUGUGGUGUUGCCCAUACAGUUUGAACAGCUGGCAUAUUUGUGGAUGGAGAGGCAAAAGUCUGGAGGAAAUUACAGUCGAUACAGAGCUCAGACAGAAAAACAUGUUGUGCUGUGUGUGAGCUCUCUGAAGAUUGACUUACUCAUGGAUUUCUUAAAUGAAUUCUAUGCCCACCCCAGACUGCAGGACUUUUAUGUGGUUAUUUUGUGUCCUACGGAGAUGGAUGCUCAGGUCCGAAGGGUGUUACAAAUCCCAAUGUGGUCCCAAAGAGUUAUCUACCUGCAAGGCUCAGCACUAAAAGAUCAAGACCUGUUGAGAGCUAAGAUGGACAAUGCUGAAGCCUGUUUCAUCCUGAGCAGCCGCUGUGAGGUGGACAGGACAGCAGCUGAUCACCAAACCAUUUUAAGAGCAUGGGCAGUUAAAGACUUUGCUCCAAAUUGUCCUUUGUAUGUUCAGAUACUGAAGCCUGAGAAUAAAUUCCACAUCAAGUUUGCAGAUCAUGUUGUGUGUGAAGAGGAAUUCAAAUAUGCUAUGCUAGCUCUAAAUUGUAUAUGUCCAGCUACUUCUACAUUAAUCACUCUGCUGGUUCAUACAUCUAGGGGACAGGAGAGUCAGCAGUCACCAGAACAAUGGCAGAAAAUGUAUGGCAGGUGCUCUGGUAACGAAGUGUAUCACAUUAGCCUGGAAGAAAGUACGUUCUUUGCAGAAUACGAGGGGAAGAGCUUCACAUAUGCUUCUUUCCAUGCACAUAAAAAGUUUGGAGUCUGUUUGAUUGGUGUUAGAAAGGAAGAUAACAAAAACAUUUUGCUGAAUCCAGGUCCUCGAUAUAUCAUGAGUUCUACUGAUAUAUGCUUUUAUAUAAAUAUCACCAAAGAAGAGAAUUCUGCUUUUAAGAAGCAAGAAAAGCAUAGAAAAAACCAUGAAUCAAAAUUAUCUUGUCAUGGAGCUUCUAGGUUACCAGUACACAGUAUAAUAGCCAGCAUGGGGACCGUGGCCAUCGAUUUACAGGACAGUGGGUGCCGUGGGGCCAGCAGGGCCACGCUGGCCCUUCCAGCUGAGGCGGGCAGGGAGGGCAGGAGGCCCAGCAUAGCCCCGGUGCUGGAGGUUGCAGACUCGUCCUCCUGCCAAACGUGUGAUCUGCUCAGUGACCAGUCAGAAGAUGAAACCACCCCAUCGGAUGAUGAAGGCUCUGCAGGCUUAGACUAUGCCAAAGGCUAUCCUCCUUACUCUCCUUAUAUUGGAAGUUCUCCUACCUUUUGUCAUCUUCUGCAUGAAAAAGUACCCUUCUGUUGUCUAAGACUAGAUAAGGGAUGCCAACAUAACUACUAUGAAGAUGCCAAAGCCUAUGGAUUCAAAAAUAAAUUGAUUAUAGUUGCAGCAGAAACUGCUGGAAAUGGCUUAUAUAACUUUAUUGUCCCACUCAGAGCUUAUUACCGACCAAAGAAAGAACUAAACCCCAUUGUAUUACUGCUGGAUAACCCGCCAGAUAUGCAUUUUCUGGAUGCAAUCUGUUGGUUUCCAAUGGUUUACUACAUGGUGGGCUCUAUCGACAACCUAGAUGACUUAUUAAGGUGUGGGGUCACCUUUGCAGCUAAUAUGGUGGUGGUGGACAAAGAAAGCACAAUGAGUGCUGAGGAAGACUACAUGGCAGAUGCCAAGACUAUUGUGAAUGUUCAGACGCUCUUCAGGUUGUUCUCCAGCCUAAGCAUUAUCACAGAACUAACUCACCCGGCCAACAUGAGAUUCAUGCAGUUCAGAGCCAAAGACUGCUAUUCUCUUGCUCUGUCCAAACUGGAAAAGAAAGAGCGGGAGAAGGGAUCUAAUCUGGCAUUUAUGUUUCGAUUGCCCUUUGCUGCUGGCAGGGUUUUCAGCAUCAGCAUGUUGGACACACUGCUUUAUCAGUCAUUUGUGAAAGAUUUUAUGAUUUCUAUCACAAGACUUCUGCUGGGACUUGACACCACACCAGGAUCUGGGUUUCUUUGUUCUAUGAAAAUCACAGAAGAGGAUCUGUGGAUUAGGACAUAUGCCAGACUGUAUCAGAAGCUUUGUUCCUCUACAGGAGACAUUCCAAUUGGAGUCUACAGGACAGAAUCCCAGAAGCUCACAACAUCCGAGUCUCAAAUCUCCAUCAGCAUGGAGGAAUGGGAGGACACCAAAGAUACCAAAGACCAGUUCAGCUGCCGUGGUAAUCACCGGAACUCGACAUCCAGUGACCAGUCUGACCACCCACUGUUGCGGAGGAAGAGCAUGCAGUGGGCACGGCGCCUGAGCAGGAGGGCUCCUAGGCACUCUGCUAAAACUGCUGAGAAGAUCAACCAGCAGAGAAUGAACCUCUACAGGAGGUCAGAAAGGCAGGAGCUUGCUGAACUUGUGAAGAACAGAAUGAAGCACCUGGGCCUUUCUCCAGCAGGAUACGAUGAAAUGAAUGAUCAUCAGAACACCCUUUCUUACAUCCUGAUCAACCCUUCUCCAGAUACAAGAUUAGAGCUGAAUGAUAUAGUAUACUUGAUCCGACCUGAUCCAUUGACCUAUGUUCCAAAUGCUGGACCUAGCCGAAAGGACAGCUUCUGCAAUACAGUGGGACAAGACACCAGGGAGGAGACACAACUUUGAUAUGUAACUCACCACAAAAUUGGGAGACAAUUUUAUACAGGUUUCCACUAACCAUUUUUCAAACUGAGUGGUACAUUUUAUUCAGAUUUUGGAAACAAAAUAACAGUGGGUAAGUGACCAAAUGCAGAAAUGUGGUGCCUAGAAACUCUGAUUUCAGGGAUUGUCAGGUUUGUGGCCUGUUCAGUAUGGUGGUUGAACUCCGUCUGCCUAACAGAAGGAUGACCUGUUGCUGUUUAACCCAUAUGAACAAAUGUCAGAUUCUACCAUAUUUUGCUUAGAUGCUCCUAAGCAUAUUUAUGCAGGUGGCAGCAUGUCAGUGACUGAGCUUCUGACCAACAUCAGAUUAUCUGAUGCCCACAGAGAGACAUUUCCUGAUUUGUAGUAGCAAGCAUGUUAAUACAUAAAGCUGACAACAAGGCUUUGCGUGUCAAGAAUUCAAUCUUUGAAAUAAUUUUCAAUCUCAGCCUGUCACCCAUUUUUAUUAGUACUGGUUAAUUUCAGUCCUAUUUUAGCCUCUGGGACCUGGGUUUUUGUUCCUUGGGUUUACACAGAUCAGGUUGGAUGACACUACCUGGUCACACUGCAGAGACUGAGGUUGUGACACAUCAGUGAAAGAAGAGCCCAGCUGCAGGAAAGUCCCUCUCAUCUCACACAGGCAGCCCCCCGCCACUGGCAAAAAACUGGGAAGUUAAUGUGCAAAGCUGCAUACAGUAGCUAAGGUGAAACUCAACCCUUUGAACCUUGGUGAGUUUGUCUACAGAAACCUGAAUAGAUUAUAACAAAAAAGUCAGAGCAUCCCUCUAAGGAAUGAUUCCUACAACAAGCCCUCAUGAAUAUGCCAGAACUACAGUUGUCCAAGCAUUUGAUGCCUCGUCCAGAUUACCCAAAAGUGAUACCACAUUUUCACAUGAAAUUAUGUAUCUCAUUGAAACUUAAAGAAAUUUAUAACCCAUUCCACAAAAUAAAUGUAAUUCCACAUAGUGUGAAAAAGCAUUAUGGAUCUAAAACCUCUGCUUCAGCAUGAUGUACACAAGAAAGUGUCUACUUAUGUAAGAAGCAACAAUUGGUCAAGCUGUCUACAGAAUUAAGCAUGUCUAUCCAUAAUCUUCCAAGAUCAACGUCACAAAUGGGAAAGAACAUACUCAAGGUUUUAAACCCCCUUCUGUUAAAAGUAUCCACAUAGAACUAGUGCAAGUAAUUUUGCAGGUAGUCUAAUAUAGAAAAAUUGAUUAUUCUCUGAACUCCCUUGAUGUCCUACUUGUACAAAAACAAAGGUCAGUCAAAACUUUAUUCUCUUCUAUAUUAAUUGCUAGAAGUACAUUCUAUUUCUGAAACAGAAACCACAACCAAGAUGCUCAUUAAGCAACUGUGGAUGUGAGCACGUUUAUCAGCAUUGUAAGGAUAUUGAAAUCAAGUCACAUUCGUAUUAGGAAUGACAGCAAGUCUGCUUUUAGUUCCUUCCUUCCUCUUAGCAAUUCCAAGUUUUAAUAACUCAGUGGUUCUGCUUAGAGUCCAUUAUUGCUCAGUGCUUUUCCACCCUUCAAUCAUUUACGCGUUUAUUCACAGGUAAAGUAUUCCAAAUGGGCACUAUGGGAAACAAAGAAACAAUUUAAAUAGCUGUACAGGUUAAGUCUACAUUUUUUCAAGAAACAGUAUAUGGUACAGGAUCUUGUCCAAGACCAGUCACAGAAGUUACCCAGAAGAGUUUGCAUGUGCAGUGUGAAUAACUUUUCUAUUUUUAAUACCUUCAGGGAGAAGACUCUAUUCCAGUUGAAUAUUUUUUUUAAAAAAUACAAGUUUCCUAAAAAUGUUCAUUCCAAAAUACUAGGAGGAUCAGUUGUUUCAUACUGAAGGCUUCUCUAAUGGAGUCUCAAGACAGCAGAGAGGCUUCCAGAGCCAUGGCUAUCCUUCAGCAGGCAAGCUGGAUACUCUGCUUUUAGCGUGAGUCGCAGUUCACAGGAAUUCCCUGUGUGCAUAUAGCACACACCACUGAUAAAAGGACCCAUAGUGAGGGCUUGAGUCCUCACAUUUAACACCCCAUAAAGCAGCAGAAACAAGCAGUCAGGUGUGUCCAUUUUCCCACUUAACUCAGCAGAAUUGCUGCUUGGCCAGAUUGAAAUAGUGGCAUCUAAUGUGACCUGGUAUUUCUCCAGGCUUAAUGAAUUUCUAAUUUCUUAAUUCAAUGCAUUGCUUAUUAGACCCAGAAGAUUUGCUAAAGCAAACACAAAGACAGCUGGAGGCACUUGGAGUCAAAAUGAAUGCAAGGCAAUCUUUGUGAACAAAACACUUAGCUCCCUUCAAAAUCUGCUGGAAGACAAGCAAGGUAGUAAAAACUAACAACAGCUUCUGAUGAAGCAGAAAUUCUCAUAAUUCAUGAAUAAUUUACCACAAAGUUCAGUUAUUCAGAAUAAUACUGCCUUUCAUGUUGAAAGCAGAACAGGUUUGCUUCCUCUGGAAUAUCUUCACAGACAGACUGCCUUCUAGUGGGAUUUUGAUCUUCCAAGACCAGCCUAAGCACCACUAUAUUAACUCUGAAUGAGACAGUAUGCACAAUCGCUCAGUGGCCAGGGAGGUGAUUUGUUAAUGGCCAUCCUACAGGCAGUCUUGUGUUCACACACUUUCUUUUCUCAUCAUGAUUAUCAGAAAUGUAGCACAAGCCUAACUGGACUGGCAACCACACUGAGGAACAGGAAUCCCAAGACUCAGUGCUGGAGAGGGGAUGAUGAAGUUCUAGAAUGAGCAGGAUCAAAUGAGUGUUGAACAGAGGAGUUUGAGCAGGCAGCAGUUCACUCAGCAGAAAAAUGUGGAGCUGUGAAAAAAAGAUUAUUUCUAACUGCGCUUAACUGUAUGUAUUUUUCCUCUUGGCUCACUUCUAUCAACAACCCAAAGAUCCCCAUUUUCCCCAACACUGCCUUAGCACAGCCCAAGCAGUUUGGUACCCAGAGUCACAGACUCAGAAAGGGAAGUGCUCGCUGAUAACAAUUGCUUCAUUCUCAAGGGAAUGUCCAGCAAAGCCAGACCUACCUAUGAAAAUGUAUUACCUAAUCUGCAAUAAAAACAUCAUAAGAACUCUU